AUGAGUUUCGAUAACGUGGUGUCACGUUUAGGGGAAUUCGGACCGUAUCAAAGGAAAAUAUAUUUUUUGCUAUGUUUACCUGCGAUUUUGUGCGCUUUCCAGAAAAUGGGCAACGUUUUUUUGGUUGCCGAACCGGAUUACAGGUGCAGACUACCGGAUGAGCCAAAAAAUGCAAGUUACCAUUUGAACAAUACAAUUUUAUCUACAUAUUACCCAAAAGACAAGCUACACCAAAAAUAUUCAUCGUGCGAAAUAAUAAUAGACGGAAAAAUUGAAAAAUGCGAUUCGUACAUUUUCGACGAUUCAGUGUACGGCUAUACAUCAGUCAUCGAAUACGAUUUGACGUGCAGCAAAGCCUACUUGAUAGCUACCUCGAACGCCAUCUUCAUGGUCGGAGUAAUGCUGGGCUCGAUAGGGUUCGGUGAAAUGUCCGACAGGUGCGGUCGUAAACUGACCUUCUUCGUAUCCCUAGUAUCCUUACUAGUAACGGGCUUAAUAGCGGCCAUAGCGCCAGAAUUGUGGACGUUCACGUUUGCUAGGAUGUGCGUGGGGGCCUGCACUUCGGGCGUGUUUCUCGUCGCCUAUGUAAUAGGCUUGGAAAUGGUGGGGCCUUCUAAGAGGUUCAUCGCGGGGACCGUUUGUCACAUAUUCUUCUCGUUUGGCUACACGCUCAUAAGCCCCAUGGCGUAUUACAUAUACGAUUGGAGAUGGUUGCAAUUCGCUCUCACCAUACCGGGCGUGUUCUUUCUAAUGUACUGGUGGCUCAUCCCGGAAUCGGCGCGCUGGCUGUUGACCAAAGAACGUACGAAAGAGGCCAAAAAACUGAUUCAAGAAGCCGCGAAGUACAAUAAAGUUUCCAUAACGGACGAGACGUUGGAUCAAUUAUUGGCAGAUGCUAAAGGUACGAACGUACCGAAAGACAACCAAACCACGUCGAUAUUGCACGUGUUUAAAUAUCCCAAUAUGAGGAAAAAGACUUUAGUUAUAUUUUUCGAUUGGUUUGCGAACAAUCUCACGUACUAUGGUUUGUCGUGGAAUAGCAACAACUUAGCCGGCAAUCCGUAUUUGAAUUUCGUACUGUUAGGAGCAGUCGAAAUUCCCGGUUAUUUGAUAUUACUUUUGUUCCUCAACCGAUGGGGCAGGACGAAAUUGAUGUGUUGUUGCAUGAUGGUAGCAGGAAUUAUGUUGCUAAUAAGCAUAGCAGUACCGAAAGAGCAUCAAUGGCUCAUUAUAACGUUGACGAUGUUAGGUAAGUUAUCCAUAACCGCCAGUUACGGAGCCGUUUACAUACUCUCCACCGAACAGUUCCCUACUGUCGUUAGAAACGCCGGGUUAGGGGCCGGUUCAACUAUGGCGAGAUUCGGGUCUAUAUUGGCUCCCUACAUCAACGCAUUGGUACGAAUUGCACUGGAAAUGCGUAGGGGAAUUGAUAUUAAUAUCGAGUUAUUUCAGGCCCACGUGUGGCAGCCAUUGCCUUUGCUCAUAUUCGGUUCGGCCGCUCUAAUCGGAGGCGUCAUGUCCUUGGUUUUACCGGAGACGUUGAAUAAAAAAUUACCCGAAACUAUGGAGGAAGGCGAAAUGUUCGGACGGAAGAAAAAGAAACUGGACAUCAACGAAAUGGAUUUGAAUCAACCAAAUAAAUUAACCGAAAACGGCAACGCCGAAGAUAAAUUAGUACAAAAUAACGGUGCCCAGUGA